AUGGCCAGGAAACGCUUCUUUUUCAGUCUGAACGCUGCGCUGCUGGCCACGCAGUUUCUCUGCGUCCUUGCAAAGCCAUGGAUUCGAAGCACGGCCUCUUCUAUCUUGUCUGCGCCAAAUCACAUUGUGCCCGACUAUGUCACCAAAUACGCGCCGCUCGUCUGGCUACACUCGGAUGACCCGUUUCGGCCGUCAGACUUGCUCGAACACAUCCGGCACACAACUCCUGCAGUCAACUAUAGCCUUGUCGCCGACCUGCCAGAAUUGAACCUCGACAAUCUCGCUCUGCUCAACAAUAUUAGCAGUGAAAGAGUCGCUCUGACCUCCAAUGACGAUGUUACAACCCUGCCCGCAUGGCUGUAUGGCCAUAGUCCGGACGAAGCCGGCAGAAUCGCAAAUGCGACGCCUUGUGUCGUGAUCCUCGUCGAACGAAGCGCCCGAGACGUUGACGCCUUCUUCUUCUACUUCUACUCGUACGAUCGAGGCGCGAAUAUCACGCAGGUCGUGGAACCUCUGAACCGGCUGAUAGAAGAUACUGAGCAUGGCAUGCAUUUUGGAGACCAUGUUGGCGACUGGGAGCACAACAUGAUACGAUUUCGAGAUAGUAAGCCCACUGGUAUCUACUACAGCCAGCAUGCUGGUGGCGCUGCUUACGACUGGAACGACAUGAAGCUUUCUAUGAAGAGUGGGCGGCCUCUUGUGUUUAGCGCAUACGGGUCGCAUGCGAAUUACGCCACUUCUGGCGACCACAUUCACGACUCGGCCUUGAUCGACUAUUGCGAUGCCGGCAAAUUGUGGGAUCCGGCCCUCUCAGCGUACUUUUAUCACCUCGAUCCCGCCAAUUUUAAACUAACGCGCCUCUUCACCUCGAUAUCCAACUCCACCGUCGCGUCAAAUAUGACAUCCUUCUUCUACUACACUGGCAUCUGGGGCGAUGCCCAGUAUCCGGAUUCCGAUAAGCGACAAAAGACCGUUCCAAAGUUUGGCCUGAAGCGGUUUGUAUCAGGGCCGCAAGGUCCCAUUGUGAAGAAUCUCGUACGAAAGGGGCUUAUGCCCGACCAGCGUGAAAAGAUAACAUGGAUGCAGUGGGCUGUUGGCAUUUUUAUGUCAUGGUACCCAUGUUGCAUACGAGGAUAUAGAGUCUGGGUGUCUGUGGCCGUGAUCAUAGGGUUUAUAAUACUGACCGUGUUUGGAGUAAGACAUGGAGUGAAGAAGUACAGGAGGACAAAGGGGUACCAAAAAGUAGAUACAGAGAUUCCAUUACGCGAGAUGAACCAUGGUGGUCAAGACGAUGCUGGCAUGCAUCGCAACCAAUCCUACUAG